AUGGUGGAUUUCACCAGUAGAGGUCUUAACAAUAAAAAAACCAACAUGGAAGGGAAGACAGCCACCUACGAAGAUUUGCUAAGAAAAUCAGAACAAGGGCUUAAACUUAAACCGUAUGAGGAAAUAAAGGAUCAAUUCACCGGCUGGUUACAAUAUCAUCAGGUGAAUGAUAUGUUAAAACAAGAUAAAAGAAAAAUGGGCUUUGAGGACAAGAAAUCAAAAUUCAAUAUAGAAAUAAUAGAAGGCAAAAACAAAACAUUGUCUAAAUUAUAUGACAUAUUACUGGAAUGGCAUACAAAAGACGAGGAAGUCAAAGAGGCAAUGAUUAAAUGGGCAAUUGACUUCGGUUAUAACAUCGAGUUUGAAAAGUGGUUGAAAUUGUGGAAUAGAGACAUUAAAUUUACGGCCUGUACGAGUUUGAGAGAAAAUGUUUGGAAAAUGCUCUAUAGAUGGUAUCUUACGCCGGCAAAAUUGGCUAAAAUCUAUAGAUCAGAAAAUAAGACAUGCUGGAAAUGUGGUGAAGGGGAGGGAGACCUCUACCAUAUGUGGUGGCAAUGCAGCAAGGUGAAGGUUUUUGGGAAGCAAUUUAUAAUGAACUUAAAAAGUUUUUAA